GCCGCAGACCCCGCCGCAACGCCACCCGCAUCCCGCGCCGCAGCCUCCCUGGGCCGCGUCCUCGCGCCAACGCCCUGGAGGUGGGGAUGCUCCUGUCCAAGAUCAACUCGCUCGCCCACCUGCGCGCCGCACCCUGCGGCGACCUGCACGCCACCAAGCUGGCGCCCGGCAAGGACAAGGAACCCCUGGAGUCUCAAUACCAGGUGGGCCCGCUCCUGGGCAGCGGUGGCUUCGGCUCGGUGUACUCCGGCGUCCGCGUCGCCGACAACUUGCCGGUGGCCAUCAAGCACGUGGAGAAGGACCGGAUCUCUGACUGGGGCGAGCUGCCCAAUGGCACGCGCGUGCCCAUGGAAGUGGUCCUGUUGAAGAAAGUGAGCUCGGGCUUCUCCGGCGUCAUCCGGCUCCUGGACUGGUUCGAGAGGCCUGACAGUUUCGUGUUGAUCCUGGAGAGGCCGGAGCCGGUACAAGAUCUCUUCGACUUCAUAACGGAAAGGGGGGCCCUCCAGGAAGAGCUUGCCCGCAGCUUCUUCGGACAGGUGCUGGAGGCCGUGCGCCACUGCCACGACUGCGGGGUGCUGCACCGCGACAUCAAGGACGAGAACAUCCUCAUCGACCUCAACCGCGGCGAGCUCAAGCUCAUUGACUUUGGGUCGGGGGCGCUGCUCAAGGACACCGUCUACACCGACUUCGAUGGGACGCGGGUGUACAGCCCUCCCGAGUGGAUCCGCUACCAUCGCUACCACGGCAGGUCCGCGGCCGUGUGGUCCCUGGGGAUCCUGCUCUACGACAUGGUGUGCGGAGACAUCCCUUUUGAGCACGACGAGGAGAUCGUCCGGGGCCAGGUUUUCUUCCGGCAGCGAGUCUCCUCAGAGUGUCAGCACCUCAUCCGAUGGUGCCUGGCACUAAGGCCAUCCGACCGGCCCUCCUUUGAGGAAAUCCAGAACCACCCGUGGAUGCAGGAUGCGCUUCUGCCCCAGGAGACUGCGGAGAUCCACCUGCACAGCCUGUCGCCGGGGACCAGCAAAUAGCCCCCUCCCGGAGGCCACCAGGUCUUCACCUCCCACCAGACCUGCCAGGGAGGGAAAGCCCCAGUCUCCGCUCCCGAUUCCCAGUGACACUUGGCCAUUGAGCCUGGCAGGACAGUGCUUGACAAGGGACAGUUCACAGCUCAUUCCAGACCCCAGGGCUCUGGGUCCCCUCCUGGCGGGUGCAGGGGCCCUGCUGCGGCUACGCUGUCCCCUUCUGCUGAUCGAGGCGGGUCGGUGAGGGGGUGGGCUUGGAGAGGGUAGGACUGGCGUCACUUGAGUCCCUGUCACCUCUUCCGACUCUUGAGUGCCUUCUGCGGGACUCCGGCCAUGCUGGGAGAAAUACUUGAACUUGCCUCUUAUCUGCUGCUUCCCCAAAAAUCUGCCUGGGUUGGGUCCCUGGUUCCCGCCCCUCCUUCAUAAGAAAGGUGCCAAGGAAGAGGUCACGGGCCCACUGCUGAGCUGCCCGCCCUUUCUGCCUCCUAUAGUAAAACUCCAGUGAACCUGU